AAAACGACAUUUACACUAAAUAGUUAUAAUCUUUAUUCAACUCAUUAUAAAGUUGUUAAGUUCCGCAGUGACAUAACACGUCCGUGCCCGUGCGAGAAUAAUAGCAAGAAAUGUCUCACGGCAUCAUUAUACUUAGUUCCAGAUUUAUCUAGACGCUCCUAAAGUAAAUAUGAAAACAGCGCCAGAGAGUCGAUCUAUUUUCGUCGCAGUAAGCUUCUUGCAUUCGUUACAGCGACUGUUUUACAACAACUGCAAUAUACGGUGAUCUUUUUGAUUAUAUUGUCUAAAAAUGAGUGCACUCAAAAUAGAAGCGGAGAUAAAGGUCGAAUCAGAACCGUGUGUGGUGGCCUGGGACAACACAUUGUACGUUGGCACAGAAACUGGCGCCAUCUUUUCAUACGAUAAAAACCUAUCUCCGGGUGCGGAUUGGAUAGCACAUGAAUCGCAAGUGUUUGCAUUGAGUGCGGCAAACGGCUUUGUGUACUCAUCCUCUUACGACGGAGGGGUACGGGUUUGGUCCGCCAAGGGUGACAAAAUCGCUGAGCUUCCACCCACGGGGGGAGACAUCGGCGCUUUAUGUGUGCAUGAAAACCAGUUAAUUUCUGGCGAUGAAAGUGGCAAUGUUGUGAUUUACGAGAACAAUAAAGUGAAAGCCAAGUACCAAGUCCUCGAAGAAGUGAAGGAUAUAAGUCUGAAGCCGCCUUAUAUGUUUACAGCGCGAGAUUUAUAUGUUACAGUCACAGAAAUAAAACCAGAGGAAUCGAAAACCCGGUUCACGACCCGCCAUACAAUGGAGGGGCGCGCGCCGCUGCGGGUGGCGGGCACCCGGCUCCUCGUCACCGCAAGGGGUGCCAACAACCUGCAGUUACAUGACGCCUCCAUCGAUACCAAGUUCAAAAAACUACAUGAAGUUAAGGUGAGCGAUAUGAUAUUAACAUCUCUAUCAGUGAGCGAAGACCACGCUUGGACUGGUGGUUGGGACGGUGUCGUGCGACGAUGGAAGAUCGCCGGUGAUCAACUCCAACCAGCAGGGGAGAUAAACCUGGGUGUCUGUGUGAAUGCACUUGUUGCUAUCAAAUCUGAUGUAGCUUAUGUCGUUUUAACAGGAGGACGACUAGUUUGCCUGAAAGGCGCAUAAUUAACAUAUUCAAACAUUAGUCAAUUGUAAAUUUUAUGUAAGAUUUCCUUGGACAUUCUGCCCCUGAAUAAAAUUUGUUAUAAUUGUAUACAAAGUCCUAGAUAGGUAUACCAAUAAAAUAUGUUUUUCUUUUAAUCCAUUCA